GCCAGCAGUGAAGUGGUUACCCGUAUACGUGACGUCAGUACGUAGCGGGCCCGCUAACAGCGUUCCUUUUGUCACGUGUUAACGUAAGUGUGAGCUGUGCUUGGCGGCAAGAUGGCGGCUCCCGGGGCUGAAGGACCGUCCGGAGCGGUGGAUGAUGCCUUCUCAACGUAUUACACCGAGGUUAAGCAGAUCGAGAAGAGGGACUCUGUUCUUACUCCUAAGCAGCAAAUUGACAGGCUGAUAAGACCAGGAUCCUCCUAUUUCAACUUGAAUCCUUAUGAGGUUUUGCAGCUUGAUCCAGAGGCUACAGAUGAGGAAAUAAAGAAAAGAUUUCGACAGUUGUCAAUACUUGUUCAUCCAGAUAAAAACCAAGAUGAUCCAGAAAGAGCCCAGAAAGCUUUUGAAGCGGUAGACAAGGCAUAUAAGCGUCUGCUGGACACUGAGCAGAAGAAGCGUGCACUAGAUGUCAUCCAGGCUGGACUGGAGUACAUUGAACAUAUUGUAAAAGAAAAAAAAAAGCAAUUGAAAAAAGAAGGGAAGCCAUUAGACGUUGAAGAAGAUGACCCUGAUGUUUUUAAGCAGGCUGUAUACAAACAGACUAUGAAGCUUUUCGCAGAACUGGAAAUUAAAAGGAAAGAGAGAGAAACAAAGGAAAUGCAUGAAAGGAAAAGACAGAGAGAAGAAGAAAUAGAAGCAAUAGAAAAAGCUAAGCGGGAGAGGGAGUGGCAGAAAAACUUUGAGGAGAGUCGAGACGGACGUGUUGACAGUUGGAGAAAUUUCCAAGCCCACACAAAAGGCAAAAAGGAAAAGAAGUCACGGACAUUUUUAAAACCGCCAAAAGUGAAGAUGGAGCAGAGAGAGUGACCUCCCCCAAAUGAGAUAAUAAAUCGCUUCUUCAGUUUUAUAAACUGCUUUUCCAUCUUUUUCUUUGUAGUGUCCUGUUUGUUGACGGAUGGUUAUUUACUCAUCUGCCUUUGAAUUACUUUACCCUACUUUUUGUUUUUGUACAGUUACUGCUUUAUCUUUGAAAAAAAUAAAAUUAUUGCGGGGGAAAUAAUUAUAAUGUAAUGUUUUGUACCUGGAUUGUGACUUUGAUGUAAGCCAUUUAUUCAUUUUAGUGGACAUUUGACAAAUAGAAAGCACAGUUACGCAAGUUCAAUUUUCAGAAUACACUGAAUAGCAAUUAACAUUACGCUGGUCUGAACAGGCGUUAGUGACAAUGAAUGAACAGUUCAUUGAUGUAGCUGUGUUCAAGCAGGUAUACUGUACUAACUAGAAAUCAGACUGCCAUUGGCUGUUUAAUGGCAUGGCUUGUCACUAAUUAUAUAUUGCAUAUAUAUAUAUAUAUAUGUGUGUGUUACUGAUUUAAGACCAAGGAGCAUACAUUUUCCUUCUCCAGUGUGACAUCAAGCCCAGCUUUUAUAAGAUCCUUAGCUGUGUUAAUCCUCUGCUCUCUGCCUCCUCCAACAAUGGGCAAAUGGCUAUUCAGUUACCAGCCCUUCAGAUGUUAAAAUACAUGAUAUUCCAACUGUAGCGGCAGUCAUGACAUUGUUAUUCUAAAAUACAUUUAAGUAUUGUACUAAUAAAUGAGAUGACACAAUGUUGUGUAUGUUGCGUAUUCAUAUCUGGUAAGAAAUGAGCAAAAUAAAUGUGAUCCCAAUGCACAGGAAAACUAGAACUACACAGUGUUCUUGCUUUAUGCCACCAGAUUAUGCCCCAAACCAAAACGCCCAUUGUAGCAGGGGUCUUAUGUAGCGCCUAUAUUUUAAAUGCAUUUUUGUACAGGAAACACCUGUUGAGAGUACUGUUCUAAAGAGGAGCUAAUGUACUCCUAUAUCAUGUUUAUUAUAUGAUGUAUUUUAGAACCUUGAAGUUGAAAAAAAUGACACCAAUUGCUUAAAUGUAAUGUUUCAUUGAUAAAUGUUAUUGCUUUUACUUAAAAAAAUGCAAUCGUGUCAGUUGCACUUAAUAGAUCUAAUUAUAAUAAUGAUAAUUUAUUUUUGCAGGAGCUAGAAAAUUUCCGCAGUAUGUAUGUUGAAUGCAUAUUUUUUUUGUAAAUCUGAUUCUCGGUAGGAUUGAGUAAGUUAGGUAAAAUCACCAGGUGUUAAGUUUUACUUGUAGAAAAGUACUAAAGUGCAUAUUUGUCAGUGUUACUGUAAAACAUGGGAGGGACACAAUCGUAUUUCGUUUGAACUUAGUAUUUUAAAGAAGCCUUGUCUUGUUAUGAAAUCAAAAUUGUUUAACAAAAACUGUUUUUCAUGCUAUCCAUUUCUUCCAAAAUUUGUGGAUUUUUCUCCAGCCAUUAUUCAGAGAGUGUAAUUAAAUGGUUUUUCAAACUC